UGACACUUCCUGAAGGAGUUCCGUUAAGGAGAUUUUGUGGAUUUGUGUCAUCACAUACUAUUGAUACAGUAAACAGUGUAUAUGUACUGUACAGUAAUGUGUAGUAUGCUGUUACUUAUUCUUCAUUUUUACUUUUAUUUCUGAGUAUUGCGUUUAAAUUUUGAACGGCUGCUAAUUACUUGAUUUUUUCUACUUGAACUUUACUUCAACAUCUCAUCAUCAUCUGAGGACUCUUUGAAGACUUGCUGUUACAUUGUAUUCAUAUCAUUUAUUGCAGAACCUUGUUGUUGGGCUGAAAGUAGAGUUUGCACAUUUUAGCACCAGAGGAUUCAGCUUUUGUGCACUGAAGAGGUAGCGUCAAACUUUGCCGUCUGUGGACAUGGAUGACUUUGUUCGUAACAAAUUGACUGAAUGGGGCUUCUGCAACUUGAUAGAAAGAUUUGAAGAUGAAGGCAUCGACAAGGAGGGUCUUUUGUGUCUUGAAAAUCAUCACAUUGAUAGCCUGAUUCCAAAAUUAGGUCAAAGGGCAAAAUUCACAAAACGUCUCAAGUUGUUAAAGGAGGACUCAAAAACAAAUUGUCCAGAAGCAGAGGACGUUUCUAAUGCUGGACCAUCCACCAGUGCCUCCAGUGAGAAAGGAAACAGAGCCUUGGACCUUCAUGGUGAAUUGCAGCCACCAUCUAAGAGGCAAAAACCUGGCUUCAUAGGAUCAAACUCAGAAGAAAUCAUACUUUCUUGUGGGAAAAGCAUCAUGAGUCAAGUCCAUGGGAGACUGCGUUUGGAUGAACACACAAAACUCAAUGAUUUCCUGAAGAGUAAAAUUCGUGGAUUGGAGACUGACAAAAGGGAGCUCAUCGGUGUCUUUGGUAGAAGUGGAGCUGGAAAGAGCUCUCUGAUAAACGCCGUCAUUGAAGAGUUUAACCUUCUGCCCUCUGGAGAUUUCAAAGCAUGUACCUCCGUCAUGAUUAAAGUGGAGGCCAACAUGCUCAAUUUUAAGUAUGAGGCAGAGAUAGAGUUCAUUUUAAAAGAGGACUGGAAGGAUGAGCUGUGGUGUUUGUAUAAUAAUGUAGGGGACGAUCACGAAAUUGAAGACAAGCUAACAGCAUUGUAUGGAGAAGAAUGGAGAAAUAAACCUCCCCUUGAAAACCUCCUGGACAACAAAUAUUUCAAAGAAAUCCCAGAGUUUCUCAUGGACAAGAAGAAAUUUUUGACAUCUGAAUCUGCUGCAGAACUGUCAGCAAAAUUACUGAAAUACACGAUAAGUGAGUCCAUUGAUGAAGCAGAGAAGAGGUGGUACUGGCCCCUGGUGAAGUGUGUGACUGUCAGGGUGCCUAAAAAUCCUCUUCUCCAGCACGUCACACUUGUGGACCUUCCUGGAAAUGGGGACUGUAACAAGAGCAGAAACGAAAUGUGGAAAGAGUUUGUUGGAAGUUGCUCCACCGUGUGGAUUGUGACUGACAUUAAUCGAGCAGCAUCAGAGGACGACGCCUGGGAGAUUCUGGAAAGUGCCUGCAGCCUCAUAGGAAACGGAGGCCAGUGUCGGCAGAUUCACUUCAUCUGCACCAAGUCUGAUUAUUCUGAAAAAUUUGAUGAGCUUUUAAGAGAUGCAGUUCGUGGUCACAUAUUUAAAAGAAACAUGAAAGCCAAGGAUGAAGUACAGAAAAAAUUCAACACACUAAACAAUGUCAAGAAACAUUUCAAUGGUGAAUGUUUCAACGUGUUCACAGUGAGCUCCAAAUUGUUUCGGAAAGAAAAGCAAUCUAAACCUUCUGUUCUACAGCUUGAUGAAACUGAAAUACCCCAACUUCAGAAGUUUCUGCAAAAUCUCAACGACUGUCACUCAGAAACAUUAAACUUUGUUUCUGGAGCUUAUGGGAUUCUGUCAUUGAUGCAAGGAGCCCGCAGCAGAGACACGGCUGACAGCAAAACUGAGGUCUGCCUACGACUUGAAGAAAAGUUACAGCAGGAAUUUCAGAAAAUUGCAGAAACAAUGAAAAAGACUUAUAAGGAUUUUGAAGAAUGUCUGAUUGACGGAGUUAGAAAGUCAGAAAGUUCAUGUGAAGAAACCUUACACAAGUUUUUAUAUCCAAGACAAAAAGGCAAUGGUUUCCAUAAAACAUUAUCGAGUGUCGUUGAGCGCAGUGGUGUCCACAAACCAAAGAAAGGAAAACUCAUAAACCUCAAUAUGAAGUUAAGCUCAAAGCUGACUGACAGCAUUGAUGGGAUAUUCAGGACCACCUUCCCGAAUGAAGGAAAACCAUUCAGUGAAGUCUUCAACGCCUUUUCUCUGGACACAGAGAAGCUGAUUGAAAAGUACAAAGCUGUUGAACUGCAAAUGAUAUUUCUAAAGAUAGAGGAAGAAAGAAUUAAGACAAGACUCACCAAAAUUAUUCGUGAUCGAAAGAAAACAAUCUACAGCAGCCUGACUGAGAUGAUCGAGGACACUAUGCAAGAUGGAUAUAAAAAAGCAGCAGAAUUUAGAGGAACACACAAACUGAAUAACAUGAGGGAGACACUGAAGACACAUUUACAUGAUUCAAAGAACACCAUGUUUAAGAAGGCUAAACGCGUUAUGUUACAGAACCUGCAGAUGUUGAUGGAGGAGAUCAUGGAGACACUGAUGAAAUCUUUGAAUGAAGCAAUCGAGUUGUCACUCAAGACAAAUGAUCACAUUAUUCCAGAUUUCUCAGCUGAGCUUGACCAGAUGAAGAAAUAUUACAAGCAACUAGAGAAAAGCUCACAAGAAGAAUCUAACUAACUCUAACUGAGGUUGCUGAACAAAAGAAGCAGCUGCAGACUGAACCUACUCAAAGUCAAACAUGUGCUUUUAUUUACCUGUGUCUUAAACAUCUGUAAAUCAUAGGUACGGUACAUUAUUCACAGAUUUGUUGAUUGAAGUGAUGUUAACUUUUUCUACUUCCUUUUAUCCAUAUUUUUUUUAUCCAUUUUUUAUGUUUUUAAGUGUAGUUCUUAAGUAGUUAAUAUUUACUUUACCCAGCAUGUUUUUGAUUGUUUUCAUUUUGUCAACCUUUCAGGGGUUUUUUUGUAAUGUCUUCUUGUAACCUUCAUAUUAGUAAUGAAAGGGCCUAGUGUUUUACAAGAUCCCAGUUAGGAAGUUGGUUCAGUUCUUGUUAUGAGUAAGUGAGUUAUUGAUUAUAGAAUGAUGAUUUUACACCACUACGAGAUAUGCGUAUCAUGCGCCUUAAAAAUCGCAAACUACAUCAAGAGUCAGGAUCAUCCAAGUAAUAUUAGAAUUUAUUAUAGUCAUAGAAACCAUUUUGACAUUUUAAAUAAAAACAUCAAUUCCACUGACAAUGUUUAAAUUUACCUAUGUACAGUACCAAUUCAUGUUUAAUAUGUUUAAAUAAUAUGUUUAUGCUGUGCAUCUCUAUAUGAGGCUACAA